GACACGAAGUCCGCCGCCAAAGAGGUUCCCGUGAAAGAGGAGGCGAGUAGUAGUCGUGUGAAGACCGAAGAGUUGGCGCCCUUUGAAGAACGCAAACGAGGCAGAGGUCGCAAGAAGAAGGACGAGCCCAACGAUGAGGUCCCGCCUACCGGUGCCGUCGACGAGGACACGAUGACCGGACAGUCGACUAUUGACGAGUCCGAUGAGGAGGACGACAAGAAGUACAGCAAAAGCAAAACAGUGGACGAGUCGAUGAUCAAAGUGGGCGAUGGCCUCAAAGUGAAGUACGGAAGGGGACGACAGCUGAAGGUAUACGAGGCGAAGGUCCUGAAGAUAGAGUUGGAUAAAGAGAGCAACAAAAACAAGUAUUUCGUUCACUACUCCGGUUGGAACUCCCGGUACGACGAGUGGAUCAAGAAGUCGCGCAUCGUUCAGGUGAUCAGAGACCGGUCCCCCCGACGCCGGUCCGGGAAACUCAAGAAUAAGGGCGAGACGUUGAACGAGGUGGCCGUGCCGCCUAACGCGGGCACUGGCGGUGGUUCGGGAGGUCCUCCGGGCGGCGGUGCAGCGCCCGCCGAGAAGUCGGCGCCAGUGGUCGGCCCGCCGGUGCUGUCGUCCCAGAACUCGGUCUCAUCGGUGCACUCGAACGACUCGGCGCUCGACGGCUCCACCACGUCGUCCGUAUCGCCCGCCAAACAGUCGUCGGGAACGCCGGCCCCCAAAAGAGGUCGUCCGCCAAAUAGUGUCAAAUCGAGUGUCAAAACAGAGGUUAUUGUGAAGGAAGAGCCGAAAUCUCAGCCCUCAUCGCGCGAUGAGAAACAAUCUCAACCAAAGUCUCCUCAAACAGCACCUACACCUCAAACGCCGACCCCUUCCACACCAGUGGGACGACGCGGUCGACCACCCCUUUCGGUGAAGAAGGAGAAGUUAACCCGAAGUAAGUCCGUCAAUGAGGAGCAGUCGACGCAGGACUCGAUAGCCACCAGUGCUGAGGAGUCGACCAUCAAAUCCAGUGAAGACAAGAAGAGUACAAAUCAAUUGUCGGACAACGAGUCAAACGAUAAGUCUGGCGAAGAGGACAGGGAUGUCGUGAAGACCAAAGGUGUGACGCCACCGGAACUGCACGACGAGAAUACAGUAGAAAAUAAGAUGGCGGACGACGACGAGGAAGUCGUGAGAGGCGGUGAAAGUGGCGCCGGAGACGGAGCCAGUGUUGCCAUCAAAUUGGAGACACAUCUCGAGGAAUGUUUGCCACAAAUGAAGACGACGGACAACUCAGAGACGGACGAGUCGUUGCAACACUCGGGCGACCAGAAGGACAGGAGUGUUAGCGACGAGUUCUCGAGUCCAGUGAAGGAUGCCUUUGAUUUCGACGACGAGGAAGACGUGGCCAGAGAUGAGGAACCGCUCAAAGAGCAGCUCAAGAAGAAGAGGAAGGCUAAGGACGAGAGCAUCACUACCGGCGCUAACAGGAGGUCAGCCCUGAAGACAGCUAUCGAAGAGCCGGAGACUGCGGUUCGAGAGACCACUCGUUCCACGAGUUUGUCGGCGCGAAAGUCGGCCAAAAAGAGUCGCAAAUCAGCGGUCGAGUCGACGACAGAUAAGUCUUCAACCGAUGAAACCACAGCCGAAGAGGAAAAGCCGACAAAAAUGGCCACAAAUAUUGUGCCCGAAGUGGUGGACGAGAAGAGGUUUGGGGCGAAGUCUGUGGUGAAGAGUCUGUCGUCGAGUAGCGAUCAGUCGGUGACCACCAAAGCGGCGGACAAUAAGAAACGGAAGGGACGGAAGCGUAAGGACGAGGAGUCGCCGUCACCGCCAGCAGUGGCGCCGAAGAAGCGUCAGACCAACAAACCGGCGAAACUGGAGCUCUCGCACGAAGAGGACAGCAAUCUUGAGGUCCAGAAGCUCUUCGAACACCAAUCGGCGCCGGCGUUUGGCUCGUCGUCAUCGCCCGGCCCUCAGGAGUCCGAUGUGUCGCCCGUCGAUGACGUGAAGCUGUUGCCAAACUUCACGAAAGACAUACUCCCGGCCUCUCACGACACGACAGCCACUGACUUCCUGUUGUGCGAAGAGGCAGUUCCCGCCAGUCCUGAAAAGCCAAUGCAAAUCGAUGAUCACAUGGAUAGUAUGACGGGAACGGGAGGCGACUCGUCGUCACCACUGCAGGAGUCGUCCCCUCAUAGCUACCACUCGACACCCACUCAAUCGCCCGGUACUGGCGAUGGUGGCACCAAAGACGGAGGAAAGGGAGGCAGCGGUGGCUCGAACUCUGAGAUGGAAAACGAGACCCCAAUGACUGGCGCUAAAGGCGAUGAGUCUAUGAAAGAAGGCGUCGGUGUGUCGUUCCCAUCGCCCGUUCACGACGAGGACAGUAUGGUCUCCAGGCCUGAGUGUAAUAAGAGUCCCAUUUCGCCGAAAAAGCGACGCAGAGGUCGCGUAAGGACUACAUCCCAGUCCGAUGGCAGUCAUCAUAAGGAGAGGAUUGGAUGCAAGACUCGCGGCUCUACUGGCCGUCACCGAAUGGACAGACAGUCCCCACUGACAGCACUGGAACAUAGACUACCAUUCAGUGUAUCGCAGAUAUCAUUCAACGACUUCGUGCCGGAAUCGAAGUACAACUUCUGCGCGCCGUUAGACAAGAGCGCAGACCCCGACCGACGCAUAUCUAUACUCCAGGAGAGGCUACAGGAGCUGAAGAAGACGUAUAUGAAUAUCAAGAGCGAAGUGGCGAUUCUCGACCGCAAGAAAAAGAAGGCCAGACGUAAGGAACGGGAGAGAAAGGACUUAAACAAUAGCAAACAUAAUCAGUCGCAUAGCGGUAGCGGCGAUAAUCACAAUAAUAUGCAUCAUAUGAGUGGUGGUAGCACUACACCUACCGGUGCCGCGGCCGCCGCUAAACAUUCUCACACAUCGGCAGCGCAUACGUUAGCGAUGGUCGCCCAGAGCUGUGCACCCGUUCCCGGGUCGGCGUUUAUGUCCUCG